CAAUGUUCUUUCCUUGGGUUCUUGAGCCACUACGGAUCAGAUAGAUUGCAUGCUUGCUUGGGUUUAGCAGCCAAGACGAUUUCUUGAUGCGCAAGCGCAAGGCCUUACCAUGGGGGGCAAGGUCUGGGUUUGAUCUAUAGGCUUGCCACAGCAUGCACAUUGCCUGGCCUGAUCGACCGGCUCCUGUGAUCAUGCAUAUAGAGGUUCAGACAUCUCAGGUAUGCAGGACCAGCUGAUCUGCAGCGGCUGCAAGCGUGUUCUUCAGUACCGCAGGGGAGCCGCCGGCGUCUGCUGCCCAGGCUGCAACACUUUCACCGCCGCCAACCAGUCAGGACCGGACAUGUCUGAACUCGUCUGCGGCGGCUGCUUCACCAUGCUCGUGCACAACCGCGGCGCCGCCAACAUUCGCUGCCCGCACUGCGGCAGGGUCAACUCAACAAGAUCAGCAGAGAACCAGAUUGGUCACCUGUCAUGCGGGCAUUGCCGGACUACUCUGGCGUACCCACCGGGAGCCUCGACGGUCGGAUGCCCAACUUGUCGCUGCGUCAAUCCUGUCAGGAACAACAACUCUGGUGGCUCUGCACGGCCUGCACCAUCGGAUGCUCGGCCCCAGACGGUUCUUGUGGAGAAUCCUAAGACGCUGGAUGAAAAGGGCAAACUGGUGAGCAAUGUCGCCGUUGGUGUCACCUCAUGGAAAAGAUGACCAAGAACUCCUCCGCGGCAUCAUCCCAAGGAUCUACUGAUAAACCCUUGGUGAUGGACAUGUAAAACUAUCAUAAUCAAACUAAUGUGAAAUCAAGUGUGUUUUGAAGCUUGAUAUAAGAAAAAAAAUGUAACAGUUGAGAAGCAAAAGAUCUGAAGAUGUAAAUAUGCUAGCCGGCCGUGUGUGCGCUAGCCUAUGUACUCCAAGCCAAAAAGGAAUGGAAAGGAGCGAAGCAUUGUGUUCCUGAGAA